AUGUACGCCGUCGAAGACCGAAAAUAUACUGUCCCGCCUCCCCUCUCAAUGGAUCGCAUGCCGACACCCUCCUACCCGCCAGCACCCAACACCCUACGACCCGCCGACCACCUCUCGCCUGUGCAGAAUGAAUACGGCGGUCGCAUUUGGUCAUUAGAGGUGGUGCAGCAGCCCAUCCGAGCUCGCAUGUGCGGUUUCGGUGACAAGGACCGGAGACCGAUCACUCCCCCGCCCUGCAUCCGCCUCAUCGUGCGCGACCAGCUCACAAAUAAGGAAAUCGAUAUCAAUGAGAUCGAUACCUCUUUCUACGUCCUCACCGUCGAUCUCUGGAACGUCGAUGGCACCAGCGAAGUCAACCUCGUCAAGCACUCCGCUUCCUCUCCCUCCAUCUCUACCGCCAUGUCUCAGUCAUAUCCUCCUCCGCCCCAGAGCAUGUCCCCGACCUACGGGGGCUACGGCCAAAAUCAGUACCCCGUGAACUACCCGCAGAUGAACAACUACUACGGUGGCCAGUCAAUGGCCUACCCCAAUCAAUACGGCCAGCCCGUUAACUACCCACCACAAUACUACCCAGGUGGACAGGGCCCACCGGCCAUGUCGCCUGCCGCACAGCCCGUCACAGGAGGCCCCGGUGGGAUGUUCACUCGGAAUCUGAUCGGUAGCCUCAGCGCCAGUGCAUUCCGCCUGACCGACCCCGACAACAAGAUCGGCGUAUGGUUCAUUCUGCAGGAUCUGAGUGUUCGCACAGAGGGUACUUUCCGUUUGAAAAUGAGCUUCGUCGAUGUCGGCACCCAAUCCUCCGAAACAACCAACGGCGCCCCCGUCAUCAACCACGGAACCGCUCCCGUUCUCGCCUCCGUCUUCUCCGAGCCCUUCCAAGUAUUCUCCGCCAAGAAGUUCCCUGGUGUGAUCGAGAGCACCCAGCUCAGCAAAUGCUUCGCAUUGCAAGGGAUCAAGAUCCCCAUUCGCAAAGAUGGGAUGAAGCCUCGAGGCCGAGGCGGAGACGGUGACGACGACGACGAAGGCGAUUACUGA